CGGUGUUUGGGCCGACAUUUCAUGUAGUGGCUGCCUGCGGAAAGAAGACCUCAUAAGAAAAAGAGACCUCGUUCAUGAGUUAAACCUCAGUGUGUUUGUUCACAGAUUUCUCGGUUACAGUGUUCUACAGAAAUCAUCAGUCUGGUAUACAGUGAAUCUAUUCACACAGCUUAGUUGCCUUGGUUAUAGGGCUGUUGUUUAGCAGUCAGGAUGGCAGUAGUCAUCAGGCUGCAGGGUCUGCCCAUAGUGGCUGGCACCAUGGACAUCAGACACUUCUUCUCUGGCCUCACCAUCCCUGACGGGGGAGUGCACAUCGUAGGGGGUGAACAUGGUGAGGCGUUCAUCGUCUUUGCCACUGAUGAAGAUGCUCGGCUGGGGAUGAUGCGUACAGGCGGGUCAAUUAAGGGAUCAAAGGUUUCGCUGUUGCUUAGUAGUAAGACGGAAAUGCAGAACAUGAUCGAGCUAAGCCGUCGCAGGUUUGAGGCUGGUGCAGGUGCUGUUGAAACUGCUACACCUUCAACAGGAAAUGCUAAUCGACAAGCAGGUGCAGCUCCUAUACCUACAGUGCAGCCAGGAGCAGGCGGGAGAAGUGGAAACCAUGGAAACCAAGGAUUUAGUAAUGCCUCCACCACAGUAACGGCAGCAAGCUCAACGCAGGAACCAUCAAGCAACAAAGCAGUAGCCAGCUUGGCCAGUGUAGUACCUUGUUUCCCCAACAGUUAUAGCUCCACUCCCACAAUCACCACAGCUCUGGCAUCACUCACUGCUGGCCCCCCACCCAUCCCCUCACUUCCCAGUAUGCCCUCCAUGCCGCCCAUGCCCACAUUGCCCACCAUUCCAGUUCCUCCUCCAGUUUCCUCACUUCCCCCUGUUCCUACACACUCCCCUUUGUCCCAAGGACCUCCAGUGCCUCCUAUGUCCCACCUUCCCCACAUGUCUUCCCUGCCUCCCUUCAAUCCCUCCCUUCCACCCCCAGGGGGACUGGGUUCUGGCCUCCCUCUUGGAACUCCCAACCAUAUGCUGUUUAAUCCUCUCUCCCCUUUGGCCUCACUUGGCCUUCAGGCUCAUAUGAAGGCCGCUGCUGCUGCAGCCACUGGUGCAGCCAGUCCAGAUGAGUUAUUUGUCCUCUUGCAGAAUCUCCCAUUCUCCUGCUCAGAGGUUGAGGUCAGGGAAUUUUUUCGGGGUCUCGGUGUGGAUGGAGUUCAUCUGCUGAGGGAUGGACAGGGCAGGCCAACUGGUAGGGCUGUGGUCAAGUUUUUCUCACCCCAGGAGAGUUUUGAAGCUGUGAAGAGGGGAGGUGGGAUGAUGGGCCAAAGGUUCAUUGAGAUCAUCCCAUCCUCUGAACGUCAGUGGGCCAACCUCAGUGACAAUAUGGUUGACCAUGUUUCUCACAAUAUCAGCAAGUCAAAUAACAACUGUAAUUUACAGGAUCAGCAGCAGCGCCGUGGUAAUGUCGGGUCUGGAGGCAGGGAUCAGCGAGGAAGGUCACGAUCUCCUCACCGACAGGAGUUCUCUGUCUACCUGAAGGGCCUUCCCUAUGAGGUUGACAAAAAACAGAUAAAAGAGUUCUUUAAGAAUUUAUCCGUUGUGGAGGACAGUGUUUACAUUGCCUAUGGACCCAAUGGGCGAGCCACAGGAGAGGGCUUCCUUGAAUUCAAAACGGAACAGGAUUAUAAGACUGCUUUAGGUGCUCACAUGCAGUACAUGGGCACCCGCUUUAUCCAGGUCCACCCAAUCACUCGAAAGGGAAUGCAUGAAAAAAUUGACACCAUCCGCAAACGUGAAGCGUCCCAGAGUGAUGGCAAGAAUCUGGAUGGUUUGAAAGCUCCAAGGAACUGUGCCCAUAUCACCAAUAUUCCUUACAAUAUCUCUAAGAAGGAUGUACGUGGCUUCUUGGAGGGUGUGGGGCUUUAUGAGGAAACCCUUAAGGUUCUGACAGAUAGCCAUGGUAAUGGUUUAGGGCAAGCUAUUUUCCAACUGCGUACUGAGGAUGAUGCCCGCAAAGCUGAAAGAUUGCACCGCCAAAAGCUCAAUGGCCGUGAUGCAUUUGUCCACCUGGUAACCUUUGAGCAGAUGAAGGAAAUUGAGAGAAAUCCUCCUCCUCAAAACAAGAGGGGCCAGCGCAACCAGAAUCAGCAGAACCAAAAUCAGAAUCAGCACCAGCAAAACCAGCCCAGUCCCCAGCAGCCCCAGAUCAAUCCAUUUGCUGGGAUUAGUGGGGAAGAAUUUAACUUUCUCAGAAACACCAUGGGGAAUCUCACACAUCCCAACAGUGGCCCAUUUGUGACACCAUUCUCUGCCCCAGGGAAUGGGCUGGCAGGCCCUCCCCCUCUGCCUCCUAUGGCAGCAGGGCUAGGGGAUGUGAGUCUGGGUGUGGCGCCGCCACUUGUUGCUGGUCUUCCUGGAGCUCCUAUCCUGGAGCCACCAGGUUUUCGACCCAUUGUUGGGGGAGGAGCUCCAUUCAGUCAAGAUGGGCUUAGAGGGCUGGUGCCUUUUGACAACGCUAACAGAAAAGGGGCUGGAGGACAGAACAGAGGGGGAGGGGCUAACAGCAACCAAAACCGUCCAGGUGGAGGCCCUACUAGUGGACAGCAAGUGUUCACUCCAGGAACUGACAGUCUCCGUAACCAGCCAGCUCCUGGUGGAUCCAACAAUCCCAAUAGUCAACGUGUUGCUGCUGGCCCAACAAUUGUAAAACUCCAGAACAUGCCCUUCACUGUAACAGUGGAUGAGAUCAUGGACUUCUUCUAUGGCUACCAAGUAUUGCCAGGCUCAGUCUGCCUGCAGUUCAGUGAGAAAGGCCUGCCAACUGGUGAGGCAAUGGUGGCCUUCCAGAACCACGAGGAGGCUUCUGCCGCUGUCAUGGACCUCAAUGACCGACCUAUUGGCGCUCGUAAGGUCAAGAUAAGCCUGGGCUAAUGCCCUGCUCAAAAAAGCAAGAGAAGAGAAAAAAACUUCCUGUAGAUAAAUCAUGUCGCAUCUACCUGGAUCUCCUUUGUUCUUGAAAGACAACAUAAAACAUACCCAAUUUGGGGCUUCAAACUUAACUUUUGUGUGUAGAUAGUUCCAGGUAAGACCCACCCCUGCAGUUUGUCCAGUGAGAACACUUUGAUCCAGACUUUGUUCUUCCCUGCGGUGAUUCUCAUAGCACAAUCUAAUGAUGAUAACAGGAUUUUGGUCUUUUCUAUCCUGAGCUGCUGUGGUUUAAAUUUGACAUGCUCUGUUGCCAUGGUAAAAAAUAUGACGAAAAUCCACUGUAUGUUACAUGAUUAAAUGUUGUGCUCUGUUGCUAUGGUUAAGUCUUUACAUGCUCUGUUGCUAUGGUAAAACCUUUUUCAAUGGUAAAACACGCUGUAGAUGAAAAUGAAAUGUUGGUGCUCUGUUGCUAUGGUCUUUGCAUACUGUUGCUGUGAUAAAAUUAUGAUAAUUAAGCUGUGCUGUGAACAAAUGCUUAGGAUCAGUUGCUAUGAUGAAAUGUUGACAUGCCGCAUUGCUAUAGUAAAAUUAUUCUUACACAAAUCUCUGUCAUUGUAAAAGGCUGAGACUCGGUUGCUUUGGUAUCAUGAUAACUCAUUUCUGUUUUGCUGUGCUCAGUGGAUGUGGGAUUGACAGAUUGUUUACUUGUAUUAUUUUAGAAAUAACUUGGGAUCCUUUUCUUCUGUCACACUUCUGAUGUUGCUGUGUUUCAGCGAUGCUAUCUUGUCACUACCAAGUAUUCACAGUACAUGCUCAGGUGUUUGGACUUGAGCAUUGAUAUGAGUUCUUGCAUUUUUUAGUUUGGUAACUUUUUGUUGUAUGUAUGCUUGAUACUGUUUUGGAUGUUUCCAAACUUAAAGCAAUUUUUUUUGUUCUUUUUGUCAAUGUCACCAAAUGUGUAUGAUCAUGAAACCAUACAUUAUGUGGAGUCUCCUUUGCUUUGGUUAAUAAAAAGGACAUUUGUGAUGCACGUAUGCUCACCUGCGAUCA